AUGGCAAACUUAUUGUCAGAAGCGGAAGAAAUCACACAUUCUUUGGUUUCAACCGCUUCUAUUGGUACUUCAAUACAAAUAGAAGAAGAUGAUAAUUCUACUAGCUCAUUUAUAAGAGAAAAUAAUAAAUUACCUUCUGAAAAAUGUAAAACAUUAAUUGCUAUUGUGUUAUGUGGCUUAAGUGCUUUUGGGAAUACGGUGAUUUUAUCUUAUAUACAUGAUUUUCGUCCCACUUCAAAACCUCUUCCUGAUAUAAGUUUUUCAUUGACACCGUAUACACCAAAUUUAUUAUACUAUAAUGAAUUUAUAAUGGUUUCAUUAUCAUUGUCAGCAUUAAUUAUUUGUAUUUUACAUAAAUUUCGAUGGAUCUUAUUACGAAGACUUUUUAUUAUUGCUGCAAUGUUAUAUAUGGGAAGAAUGUUUACACUUUUAAUUACAACAUUACCUAAUGCUGAUCCAAAUUACCCAUGUGCUCCUAGAUUUACUGAUAAUAACAGAACAAUAAGUGGUGUUUUAAGGAGAGCAGUAAGGGUAUUUUUUGGAGCUGGUCUUCAAGUAAAUGGUAAUUUAAAUUUAUGUGGUGAUUAUAUAUACUCUGGACAUACAGUUAUAUUGGUAAUCUCAACUUUAUUUAUUAAUGAAUAUUCACCAAAAAGAUGGAAAUAUAUUCACAUAAUAACAUGGGCAAUAGCAUUUACUGGUAUUGCAUUUCUUCUUAUUUCUAGAGGACAUUAUACAAUUGAUGUUGCGAUAAGUUAUUGGUUAACAACAAGAAUAUUUUGGGAGUAUCAUACAUUUGCUGCAAAUCCUUAUUUACGGAAUGUCAAAUCCCGUGAUAAUCAUCUUCAAAAAUAUGGCUGGUUAUUUAUUUGCAGAAUAAUGGAAAAUAACAUUCAUACUAACAUUCCUGACGAAUUUGACAAUCCAAUUUUUCAUGUCAAAAAAAUUCUUUUUAGAAAUAAUAAUGCAGAGUUACCUCUACAUUCAUAA